UGGAGGCGAUUGGAAAAUAGGGAAGACGCGCACGCGCUAAUCCGAUGAUAGCUCUCAGUGACCGGAGGGAGGGACAACUCCGCGGUUGAGGGAGGAAAAAUAAAACCAAAAAAAAGUAAGAGCAAAGCGUGAGCAUCUCGAUCUGCGUCGCCUGGUCUCUUCCUCCAGAGCCUUUUGUGUUUCAAACUCUUAUUUGUGACGUAUCAAUAAUUCAGUCGCGCGCGCUCGCCAGCCAGACGGAGCUCGCCCCACUCCACCUCCACCAUCAGCACCACCACCCACUGCUGGCCAACCUCCAGCAUCACUCCGCGCGCUAUGACUGCUUUUUCCGCGUGCACACAUCACGGCCCCUCCGCAUUGCACGACACACUCCUUCACUGUCCUCCAAGUCACUGAAAAGCUGCCAAGAAGUGACAACGAGAACAAAGGACGACGAAUUACAAGUGGCAAGUCGAGCUGGACAUAUUGGGACUUGAAAAAGAAAGGAGAGGAGCAAAGCGCCAGCCGCCAACUCAAUUUCACACAGCAAGCGUGAUCACCAACUCCCAGCAGAGUUCGUUUCACUUCGGGCCAAAGGUGGGGACACUCAAGCCGCCCUAUACGAGGUUUUAAAGUGGACUAAAAGCCCCGCGUCCAGGUCGUCGCUUGUGAUUGCGGGUAUGUUGGCGUUUUGCCUGCUGAGUGCCGUGUGGCUCGCGGCCAGCCCGAACCCGAGCCACGCUCAAAACGAAACGGAACCGAUCGUCCUGGAGGGGAAGUGCCUGGUGGUGUGCGACUCCAACCCGACGUCGGACCCCACGGGCACCGCGCUGGGCAUCUCGGUGCGCUCGGGCAGUGCCAAAGUGGCGUUCUCGGCCGUCCGGAACACCAACCACGAACCUUCAGAAAUGAGCAACCGAACCAAUAUCAUCUACUUUGAUAAGGUUCUCGUAAACGUCGGGAAGAAUUUUGACGAGGAAAAAAGUAAUUUUAUGGCUCCACGAAAAGGGAUUUACAGUUUUAACUUCCAUGUGGUGAAAGUCUACAACCGCCAAACAAUACAGGUGAGCCUCGUGCACAACGGCUGGCCCGUCAUCUCGGCUUUUGCUGGCGACCAGGAUGUGACCCGCGAGGCAGCCAGCAAUGGCGUUCUGAUCCAGAUGGAGAAAGGAGACCGAGCCUACCUCAAACUGGAGAGAGGAAAUUUGAUGGGAGGCUGGAAAUAUUCCACCUUCUCUGGCUUCCUGGUGUUCCCCAUGUAGAGGAGAAGAGCUGAAGAAGAAGCUGGUUGUUGAUGGGAAGUACAAUGAAGAGAUGCCAAGACACGGGUAAGAAGAAAUGGAGGUGAUGACAGACUUCUGUUUGGGAUGCUACUGAAGAGUUGAAAAAGUGUGGCCAUCGUCUUCACUUCCCUUCAUUUUUCCAUCCGUUUAUUCCGUCUGCUCUUGCUCUGAUGGCCAAAAACUUUUUUUUAUUUAAGUCCCCGUUCCUUCAUAUGCAUAUAACGUGAGUGUUUUAAAGCCAGAGUAACUUCCCUUCCCUUCAUUCCAUCCACUACUUUGAGGAAUGUUUUGUCAAUAGUUCAGCCCAUCGACCUUUUUUUUUUUUUUAAACUCAUGCUUGAUGGUGAAGUUGCUCAAGUUUCGAAGCAAGCAAAGUAACAUUCCACCAAAACCUACAUGUUCCUUCUUCUAGAAGCUUUAGUCAACUGCAUUGGGUUCUUUUAGUUCUCCAAAAGACUCCAAAUCCAUGCCAACGGGCUGCAAGAUAAAAAAAACAAUGAUGCCGCAACACGCUUCAAAACUGCUGCAAAGGCGGAAGGCAUUUUUUAAAGAGUGUUGAUUUUCUGUCCUUAUUUUAGGGUUGAGGUUACAAAUUAGUUUACCUUCACUCCCCAACAUCCAUCUCAUCCUCUUCCCAAGGUCCCCACGUGUACUUUCAUCUGCUGCUGUAUUUGUUCGCCUCCUAGCACGGACUGAUUCUUGCUUUACUUCAACAUCAAACUUGGAACUCUCGGACACUUAAAAGCAACAAUAUACAGUACAUACAUGAUAUUACAUCAUAAAUUCAAGUCAUUGUUUCUACUGCUACUACGAUGAUGACGAUGAUGAUCAUAACAAUAAUCCCUUAAAUCCAUACGUUCAAUUGAAUCUGGCUGAUGACUAUAAUGUCUGUAUAUUCUGUAUUUCAGUGUUAUAUGAAAAAAAAUAUAUAUAAGGGGAUCCUCUAGUGACUUUGUGUGGAAAACUGAGCUGCUGUUUUGCUAUUCUGAUAAAAGAAAAUUUGCUUCUUGGGUUUUUUUUUUAGUUCAAAACAAGUUGUGGCUAAAAAGCUCAGAUACUACAUACAUAUUACAUAUAUUAACAGAAGGUAGAACAUUAUUAUUAUGAUGAUGAUUUUUAUUAUCUUGGUUGUAAACUACAUGUGAAUAUUUAGACCUUAAAAAUUCGUUGUCUGAUUUAUCAUCCAAUCAAAUGGAUUUAUUAUCUACUGUUUUUCUUUGGUCUGAAAUCAAUAAAAUUUAAAUGUAUUUUAUUUUUCUUUAACCAAUUUCACGUCUGGUCUGGUCUUAUUCAGUAAACAUUUUAGUAUCACGUUCUUGUCCACUUGUAACUAAUUUCUGACUUUCUCUACUGCUGCCUAUUUUCCAUCUUUUUUGUAUUCCUCAGGCUAGAGCCCUCCUUUCCCCUUUCUGCUGUCUUUCUCCACUCUGUUGGUUUUUAAGGUUUCGUGGUUUGUUUCUCUCCAGACUAAUGAGCUCCAGGGGGAAAAUUUGCGCU